AUUUUAAUUAUUAACGUUACGUUCAUUUUAACUCUUAGUUUCGAUAAAAAUUCUCAGUGAAUUUUAGUUGAAGUGAAAUAAGCGACCAAUGAUUUUCAAAUUUUACGUAUUUCGUAACAACAUGUAGACUUUAAAAAAGAAAAUUUGAUAAUAAUACUUGCUAUAUAUGUUUAAGACUUACCUGUGGAUGAGCAUGUUGGCAAAAAAUAUUAUUGGAGUAUUACUUGUACAAAUAUUAUGGUCGCCUUGUUUGCUAGCAACAGCUGUGAAACAGGUUCACACGCGCAACCCAUUGCAUCCAGAGUUGCGCCGUCAAAUAAGUCGUGAAUCAACUAAACCAAUGGGACAUUACCUACGAUCAAAAAAACCGACACCUGCGGCAGUAGAAAAAACAAAAGGACGAACUACAGUUGCAAUUUUUUCGUUAUACGAGGAGUGUGAUUAUUUAGCAAGACCUUGCCUGCACAGUUACAAAACAGGCAAAAUUUGCGCCAAAUCUAUAUAUACAGUGUACCAAACCUUCAGGAAUUAUUGCAUGCUAGAUUUUGUCAAUUGUAGAGAGGGCUAUGAUGUAUGGUUCCCUGCGUAUAUGGGCGAGUGUUUCACAUUGCCGAAAAUAGACCAAUACAUGCACUACCCGUACGACGAAGAUUUCUUCUUAGAUGAAAUGAUUGUCCCAAGCUAAGGUAUUUAGUCGGAACGCCAGCGACCCCUGUCGGUGGCACUCGACGGAGACACUGAAUUAUUGGCUGAGCGGGGUGUUUCUCACUUCUCGAGAAUCAGCCGACCAGUGCAGUCGAAUACCGAAAUCGACGCGCGUUGCUACUGUGUCUCUAUAUAGCCUGUAACCUGUUAAUUUAAUAUUGUAACAGAGAAUUAUCUUUUAUGUACUUUGUUAAUUAUGUUUGUACUUUGAAUGUGACUAAAAUCUUUGAGUUUG